GCCUUUCUGUGUUAUCCAUUAUUCUAUACUUUUAAGCCCCCUCUCUCUUUCUCCGGUCGCCUCUUUGUCUGCCUCAAGCUUCAUUUAUGUAUUCUCUUCAAGUUUUAUGAUGUAUAUAGCUAUUGCCUAUAACUCUUAAAACUAGAGAGAGAAAAUAAAGGAGAACUCGAAUUCCUAGGAGUUUCAUGUAACUUCACAUGGUAGUUAUUAAUAACAUUUCAUCGUGAGAAUCUGGGAGUCUUUAGCCGAGCAUCACCUUCAGAAGUAAAUGGCAAAAGAGUACAGUGGAUCCCCAAAAAUUCAUCAGCCGGAAUCCAAGAGGAAUCGCCUCACCUGGAUCCUCGGGGUUAGUGCUCUCUGCAUUUUGUCUUACAUUAUUGGGGCUUGGCAGAAUACUUCUGCCCCCACAAAUCUAUCCGAGGUCUUCAAUUAUGGAGGCCGUAGCGAUACUGGGUCGGCUUCAGCAGGCAACAGUCUGCCAUUGUCAUCUUCAUCCUCUGCAUUGGAUUUUCAAAGCCAUCAUCAAGUUGAAAUGAACAACUCCGGGGGAGCCCAGAAUUUCCCACCUUGUGAUAUUUCCUAUAGCGAGUACACUCCUUGCCAAGAUCCAGUGAGGGGAAGGAAAUUCGAUCGGGUCAUGCUGAAAUACAGAGAGCGGCAUUGCCCCAAAAAGGAAGAGCUCCUCCGUUGCCUUAUACCUGCUCCUCCAAGAUAUAGGACGCCUUUCAAGUGGCCUCAGAGCCGAGACUACGCCUGGUAUGUUAAUAUUCCCCACAGAGAACUCAGCAUUGAGAAGGCUGUUCAGAAUUGGAUUCAGGUCGAAGGUGACCGUUUCAGAUUUCCUGGAGGAGGUACCAUGUUCCCCCGUGGAGCUGAUGCAUAUAUUGAUGACAUUAACGACCUCAUUCCUCUCGAAAGCGGAAAUAUCAGGACUGCCAUAGACACAGGCUGUGGUGUUGCAAGUUGGGGUGCUUACCUGUUGAGGAGGGACAUCCUGGCAAUGUCGUUUGCACCAAGGGACACGCACGAAGCACAGGUCCAGUUUGCGUUGGAGCGGGGAGUUCCUGCUAUGAUUGGCAUCAUGGCCUCACAGAGGCUUCCUUACCCAGCAAGGGCAUUUGAUAUGGCUCAUUGUUCACGCUGCUUGAUUCCCUGGCAGAAAUAUGAUGGUAUGUAUCUAAUUGAAGUGGACAGAGUUCUGAGGCCCGGUGGUUACUGGAUUCUUUCCGGCCCCCCAAUCCGCUGGAAGACAUACUGGAGAGGAUGGGAAAGAACUGAAGAAGAUUUGAAACAAGAGCAAGAUGCAAUUGAGGAUGUAGCCAAGCGCCUGUGCUGGAAGAAAGUGAUUGAAAAGAAUGAUCUUGCAAUCUGGCAAAAGCCUCUCAAUCACAUUGAUUGCAUUAAAAGCAAGAAGGUUUAUAAAACGCCACAUAUAUGCCAGUCGGAUGAUCCAGACACAGCUUGGUACAGAAACAUGGAAACUUGCAUAACCCCACUGCCAGAGGUAAGCAGCUCUGAUGAAGUUGCUGGUGGGGCAUUGGAGAAGUGGCCCCUGCGUGCAUUUGCCAUCCCUCCUAGAAUUACUAGUGGAUCAAUACCAGGCAUCACCACAGAGAAAUUCCACGAGGACAAUGAUCUAUGGAAAGACAGGGUGUCCCAUUACAAGGGGUUCAUUCCCCUAUCCAAGGGACGGUACAGGAACAUCAUGGACAUGAAUGCCUACCUUGGUGGGUUUGCUGCAGCCUUGUCCAAAUAUCCUGUGUGGGUUAUGAAUGUGGUUCCUGCCAAUUCGAACCAGGACACUCUAGGUGUGAUUUAUGAACGCGGUUUCAUUGGGACGUACCAGGAUUGGUGCGAGGCAUUCUCAACAUAUCCAAGAACAUACGAUCUCAUUCAUGCAGGCGGUUUGUUCAGCAUAUACCAGGACAGGUGUGACAUCACCCACAUUCUGCUAGAAAUGGAUAGGAUUUUGAGGCCAGAAGGUGCAGUUAUAUUUAGGGAUACAGUAGAGGUUCUUGUGAAGGUUCAGGGUAUUAUAGAUGGGAUGAGAUGGAAGAGCCAGUUUGUGGACCACGAAAGUGGGCCCUUCAAUCCGGAGAAAAUUCUUGUUGCUGUCAAGGGUUACUGGACCGGUGAAGCUGCACAAAAACAAAGCUAGUUGCCCGGAAUUAUUAGGUAUACUUGUGUUUUGCCAAAGCAUUGGAUUUUAUAUAUUUUUUUGAGUUUUGCUAAAGCGUACUGUUCCUAUAAACAUGGGAAAUGGUCAGUUUUGCUUAGCCAUCAUGUAUUUUGUUAAUUGCAGAGAUCAGUUAUUUCCA